GGCGCUUGCCCACUCUUGUCCAGCAUCCGCUGUUCCCUCAUAACUGAACUUUUGACGCCCAACACAAAUUUGUUCCUCGCUGUGAAAAGUCGCCACGAUCGCAUUGAAACAGUGUUAUCGAUGCCUCCCAAACGCCGGAUUUUGGUUGCGUUUGAGACUGACCAUAUCGACAAGCGAAGGAAAUUUAUAGUUCAGAUUGGUGCAGACGCCUCGAACGAAGACUUGAUCCAGGAAAUAGCGAGCUACGUUAACAUCGAGGAUCCUUCUAACAUUGUCCUUGAAUUACCCGGAGGUUUUGAGCUUCGUAGGCAAGACGGAGUCGACUGCAUUGAAGAUGGUGAAUUUGUGACCGCGAGAUACCAUUUGCAACAUCCAGCACAGAUUGACUCGAAACCAUCCGAAGCUUUGACCUCUUCUGUACCGGAAGUCCCAGCCAUAGAACCUGGACGGUUCAGGCUGCGCCUGGUCACCGCUAAAAGCGCCCGUGAUUAUGCUCGACAGACGCCGAAAGAUCAACAAGAGAACCCAAAUGGUGUGCACUGUUUCGAAGGUCAAGCAAUAAGCGGUAAUACUACGCUCAGCUCCCUAAGGACUGAAGCCUGUCGCGUCUUAGGCUGGGGGGAAUACGAGGAAGACAACGAAUGUCAACACGAACCUGAAAGCGCCUGCAGUUGCGUCAUUGCCUCAGAGAUAGAGCAAUACGGUUUAGCUUCGACGUUACAUUGUCGGUUUACAACAAAUGGAAGCCUUUGCAAGCAUGAGGCGUGUCCCUAUUCACACGUUUCGGUUUCUGGCCACCUUGCCGCUGACGAACCACCGCACUGCAGUAUCUGUGGAGAAUUUUUAGGAUUUCCUUGUCCGGAUUGUAUGAAGUUUGCUGCUGAAAAUAAUAUAGAACCCGGCGAGGCUGUGUUUUGUCCCCUGGUACAGAAUGUAGGAUGCGAACAUCUGCAUCAUCACCACUGCUUGCGAGGAAUGAGCAGUCCAGGCUGCCCUUCCGGCUGUUCAGCUGAAAGAUACCCCAGAGAGCCAACUAUCUUCGACACAUCUGAACGGCACAUCGUCAUUGCUUAUGAUGGCGAUCGAAUUGAAAGAAUACCAAUUCCACUCACCGCUGGCACAAUUGAUUCAGUGAUUCAGUUGCCCACCAACGAUAUCGUCGCACUCGUGGAGAACUUUCUCUCCCAGAAAGACUACGAGCGUUCUGGAUUGUCAAUCAGGAUACAUUCUCGUAAUCCAGUCACUGAGUGCACCCCUCUGACCCGCUCCACACUUGUUAGUGUUUGCUCGUCUUCAAAGCAUACUACCCAGAAUCAUCGGCGUUUUGACCUUUUCUGUCAUAAGACUUACUUUAACCGGGCAUCAGAGUCAACGGGGCACUUUUUUAUAGACCUGCAUACCUCCCAGUCACCAAUUCUUGCUUGCGGGUGCGCUCGUCUGAGUGAGCUCUUCCCACCUACCAACGAGGAGAUUUCUCUCUAUGCUGUGAAACGGCACCGACAGCCUGACAAUACUCAGAAUGUCGGCAAUAAAGGCGUCGCAUCAAAGCAAGGCAUGUAUCUGAGCGACAUGUCGUAUCAGCCUUGCACUGUACAGACACCUCGAGGAAUGUCUGCCUUCCUUGCGUCGUUGUAUAGGCUCUGCGCGUUAGUUGCAGACAAGGGAAGUGCUGCAGAGAGAAGGAUCAUCUCUUCUCUCUACACAAUUACUAGAUUUCCCCCUGCUGCUCGUGCUCUGGCCGUUCUUCUUCAUAACAAGAACCCUCUUCCGGAGGAACGGGCGGCGCUAUCAGAGGCCAUUUUCCAUGCACUUCGCGAUUUCAUACCGGCUGGCAUUCAAGGUCCUGUACAGAUCAGUACCAAUCCAGGGCGAUUUUUCGAAGCAGCUCGCAUUCUUCUCGGUCAUAUCCUAACAAUGGGAGAAGUGACUGACUCAAACUUGGCGAAUCCCGUAGUGGAGGAUAUCUCUCUCGUCUGCAGUGUGUCACAGAAGCGACUUGUGGACCCGGUUUUACUGGGCACAGAACACGUCAAUAGAGAUAUCGGUGCUCUCCGGCGGAUCGGCGGAGAGCUACAUCGGCCUUCUCACAGAACAGCUGUGCCAGCGGUAAUGGACAUGGAUGAUUCCACCAAACUAGUACUCAAUCAGCUCCUUUCUCACUCCAAGUUGCUUGAGUCUUCCUCGAAACUCGUGUUCUUUCCGAACAGAGUUGAUCCUCCUUCGUCAUCCUCUGUCUACAGUCUUGACAGUUUGGGGCGGGACUUCCACAGUGCCAUUAAACGGGUGAAUGAGACGGACCUCGUCACCAGGGGACCACUGGAUCUGAAAGCGGCGAACGUGAUUCCCUUACAAAUUGUGCUGGAUGAAGUGGGCUUCCUCGCAGUGUUCACCGGUCGUGGUUGCGGAACGACACGAGACGUUAACUUUUUUAGGCCUUCACAUGGGGGUGACACUGAGGUGGAUGUCAAUGAUGUUAGCCAUGCUCUACAAAAAGUCAUUGCGGAGAGGCAAGCAGAAAAUACGUGGCAGAUUGACAGCUUUGACGGUCUUUCUGGAACCAACCGACCCCCAGAUGAGGCAAUAAUGUUAUGCCUUGACCUCAGCAAUUCUAUGAAUGAGCGCUCGGGCGUCAGUCGUCUUAGCAAACAGUCUGAAGGACCCUCGAACAGACUUGCCUAUGAUCCUAAUGUUGAAGCACAGAAGGUGAUUGACGAAAUUGCCUCAGGCGUUUCUGAUAAUGUCAUCUUAGAAAAUGCCAAACAAUUCUUGAAUAGCCAGGGCUACGAAUGUCGACAUGCGUGGUCCUCGUACCUCAAAAAACCUCGGAAUAACGAGGUCAGAUCAUUCUUCUAUAGCAUUAGGUGGUACGGGAGCGAGGACAGAUAUGAUCUACUCAACAAUCUUAGGUUGAUUGCAAGUCGAGAAGCGCUGAGAUAUCAUGAAAUUCUGGAAUCAAGGCCGGAUCUAAGGGAUGAGAUGGUCAAUCUUGCCCAUUUUGCCUUCGCCUGCUCCCAUCAUAAGAAUCAAAUUCUGGAACUGCUCCGCAACCCUAUAAAAGUCGAAUCGACUGGCUUUGGUCCUUUUGACGUGCCGAUACGACUCCUUGAUCCCAAAACUGGAGAUCUUCUAUGCAACCCGAAGAAUCCUCUAAAUGCUCCUAAUGAAGGAAUACUUGUCAACAGCGAUUCCUGUGAUUACUUCGAGCAGUGUCAAAAUUGGCCCUUGGGCUAUUAUGAACCAUUUGAAUCUGUGUUGGGUGCUUAUACGGAACUAAAAACUUGGGUAUCUGCGGGCGACCUCUUAUCGCCACUGAACGACGAUGAUGGGGAGUUCGUGCCCAUCACUUGCAAGCACAAGGGGAAACAGAUGACGUGGUACCUUCCCCUCACCACUACCAUACGAACUCUAUAUGCAAUCUGCAACCGAUUCACAGAGGCAGCCUACUGCUCCUUCGCCAUCAAGCGCUCACGUUUUUUUGUUAAAUUAAGCGAUUUGCGCAUCAGUAUGACCACACUCUCGAGGGGUGGAAUUAUUGAGCUUGUGCAGACUGUUCCGCACAACCGCGCAAGAAUUACGGCUGAGGUCUCAUUACAAGGCAGCCAUGUCGAUCUUCUUUUGCCACGCAAUGCUUCUGCUCUCUGCGUUCUCAGCUAUCUUCACCAACUCAAUGAACUCCCUAUGUCGCAAAUGAGACUUUGGGAUAACCUUACCGAUACUGGAGAUGGUAUGAGGAGGGGAUUUAUGUUCGACUACCUCGACGACUGUCCCAGACGCUUCCGUCAGAACCGAACUGAGCCUCACAAGUUUGAGAUUAUGACGUGGAGCUGGAGACUCACGGCCGAGCGCAGAGCAAAAGAGGAGAGUAAACAUCUCACGCGACUGCACGUAUUGAAAGAGCUCGUCAAUCAUCUGCUGAAUCGAGCCGGAUCCUUCGACACCUCGGUCUCGCUUGUCCUUGGACUUAUUACAUUUUCCGACACAGUUAGCAUCAAACAGGAACUGACACCGAUUUUCGAGAAUUUCCGACGCCAGCUAGAAGAUGUGAAUGCCAAAGGAGAUACAAGCUUAUAUGACGCGCUUAACACCGCAAGAAGCACGUUGGUAAAUUAUCGCAAGGAUUUACCUGGCCUCCGAAAGCGAAUUAUAGUUGUUUCUGAUGGUGAUGACAAUAAAUCUAUCUCUUCCGCCAGAGACGUAGCCAUUGCCCUACAAAAGGAUCAAGUGGUUGUAGAUUCCGUUCAAGUUGGUACAUACAGCAAUGCUACUCUCCACGCUAUAUCAGUCGCCACCAAUGGUUAUCGAUUUGCACCACAGACAUCACUUAGCGACGCUCUCAGCAUCUUUGACCUUGAGACGAUGCUUUCCUCCAUAGAGAGACCACCAAAGCCCGCACCCCCUCAGAUACAUGGUAUCUGGGAAUGGAAUAUACUCAGGAACACCUCACUGUACCCCAUAGACGUGGUCACCAUUGACCGCUUUCCCAAACGGGCCGACCAUUCAAAGCUAAACGAGAAUGUUCAACCGGCCUCAAAGUCUGUGCAGGCAGGUUCCAGCCAGAAUGACCGUCAGAAGAGAAUCAUGCGCGAGUUGAGGGACAUUGUGCGAGACCCUCAUACGAAUAUCGAUGUUUACGUGAACGAAAGCGAUGUCUCGUUCUUCAAGCUCAUACUCGAGGUUUGUUUCGGCGUUGUUGCACUCGGGCUGUCACGCAUUUUUUGGAUACAAAGUACCAAAGGAUACCGAAAACUGCGUAUACGCUGGUGGAACAUUCCUUUUGACAUCUUACCGGAAUUCUAUCCUCGCGAUCCACCCAACAUUCGGUUUGUGACAUUCAUCCUACACCCAAAUAUCUCGAAGCAAGGCAAAGUCUGUAUUGCUGAGCUAGGUCGUCUUUGGUCGUCGGAUAUCAGCCUCAAGGAUACGUUGAGCCUAGUGUACGGCCUCCUUCUGACGCCUGAUCUAGAGAACCCUGUAGAAAUGCAAGCAUCGUUAACGUAUUAUGAAGAUGGCGGAUCGUUCGCUCUACACGCUGCUAAUGCAGUUCGAGAUCACGCGUCCAAGACGCGGCAGGCGUGGAAGGAAGAAUUGUCGAACGAAGUCGAAGAUGACGGUGGCGUUGAUGAUCUAUACUGAGACGAAUAACUAUUUUCUGGACUCGGUCUUGUAGAAAAUAUGGAUUCUUUACGGACUCCAUGUAUUGUUUAUGUAUAACUACGAUAACGAUAUUACUUGUCCUACAUAUGCGCCAUUUUUGGCUUUUCCCUUCUUUAACUAGGAUCUCUAUCAUGCUCUACCACUGCUCUGGCAAUAUAUAGUGAUUCGUCCUCUGUCCUCGGGCUGAAG